ACAUGGUUUUUGCCGCUUGAAAUGACCUGAAGAAGUCUACUGGCUGCGCACUGGUCUUAUGUAGCUCACGGCUGCUUGUACGUAAAUUCCGCAUUCAUAGACCGCCUACACUUUUACGUCACAAAAAAUGGCAGCUAUAUGCCGGUUACACCAUAUUGCCCUCCACGUUAGAAACGUGGAUAAAAUAGCGUAUGACCUUGUCUCCAAGUUCAAAUUUAAUUUAUUCGCUGCGAGGCUAAAUGAGAAAUCAAGCCAGUUCGCCUUCAGGAAUGGAUCAGCAGUUUUCAUCGUGAAUGAAAGAUUAAGUAAUCCUUUUCUCGGUUUUGAAGAUGUGGUCGCGCGUAAGGGACAUCACACUUCAAGUCAAGGAUUGAAUGAGAUAUGCUGUCCCCCUUUUAGAUUUGGCGACCGGAAAAAUACGAAUACUGAAUGCAAUUUCCUUUACGAUGUUCAUCCUAAUUACUCCGUGGAUACUGUAAGUAACGUUUGUUUUGAAGUGGAGGAUGUGGAGAAGACGUUUAAUGCUCUCCGCAACCAAGGGUGCGAUUUCCUGGUGCCCCCGACAACUGUGCGGGAUGAGAAAGGAAUUGUUUCAUAUUCGAUAUUGAAAUCAAUUGUGGGGAAUGUAUGUCACACGCUAAUUGACAAGACUCAGUACCAGGGGACAUUCUUGCCUGGGUUUGAAAAUGUGACAAAGAACGGCGCACGUGUCGAUGAAUUGGCACCGAGUGAGAUUACUCACUUUGAUCACAUAACAUAUGCCUGUCCCAGGAGAGGUACGCCUGAUGUCAUGGGGUGGUACGAGAAGUACUUUGGCUUUCAAAGGUUUUUCAUUGACAGGGACGAGGAUGUAAAUGAAGGGUUUGUUCUCAACGAGAAUAGCAUUGGUCUGCGACUGACAGCCAUGGAAUACUGGAAGUGCAGUGAAUUGGGGGUGAUGCUCCCCUUUAAAGGCAAGGAGCCAGACUGCAAGUUUGUUAUUGCAGAAUCACUGCCUGAGCAAGGAAGAAACCAGGUGGACAGCUUCUUGGAGAACCACAAGGGGGCUGGGAUUCAGCACAUUGGCCUGUACACCCAGGACAUUAUCUCCACAGCACACAGUCUGGCACAGGCUGGAGUGGAGUUCUUCAGUCCUCCUCCUGCCUACUACACUGAGGUGGGAAAGCAGCAGGAGAUAGUGGAUGCUGGUCAUGACCCUGAGGAGUUGUCUCAGUAUGGGAUCCUCCUGGAUGCUGACCUACACCAGGACUCUUCAGGCCCCCCCUGUGGUCUUGCGUCUGCUAAAAAGAAUAGGCACCUGCUCCAGAUAUUCACCAAGCCCAUCUUUGCGGAGGAUACUUUUUUCUUGGAGCUCAUCGAGCGAAGAGGGGCAUCUGGGUUUGGGGAGGGGAACAUCCGAGCUCUGUGGAGAUCCGUGCAGGAUUAUAUGAAGAGCCAGACAGAAAAAUCGAGGGACACAACUCUGAGAGCGUUGCAACACAAACUCGGCAACACUGACUCUGAAGAAGAAAACUGUUUGUAGAAUUUUAUGUUUAAGACUGCUGCCAUGUGAAGAAAGAGCAGAUUGUGUGUGUAUGUGCAUCACAAACUUGAAUUUUGAAGAGAAAAAAUUUUACUUCAGAAAUAACCUUAAAAACAACUUCCCUCAAAAUAGUCUCUUUUGGCUUUAAUUACAAUUAAACAAAUUAUUGGAAGUCUAUCCAAUCAAAGUUGGAAAUGGAGGGGUAAUUAAAUUGAGUAAAAUAUGAAAGAAAUAUGGCAAAGGAGUUAAGCUUCAAUGUGUGGUAAAAAUAAUUGUGGCAUGAAGGUUAUUCCCAGUGAUGAAUUGCAAAAAAAGCUUAAGAUUUCCAGGGGCAGUGUUCAGUACACACUACAGCUGAUGGGCAACUGCCCAUUUCACUUACACUACAGGCCGAUGGUAUUGGGCUACCUGUGCUUUUAAAAAGAAAACUUAUGGUAGAUAAGAUUUUGGUCAGUUUAACUAUCCCUCCACCUCCCUCCCAUCCUGCCAUGUCCCACUUCGCAAAAUGAUUGGAUAUACUUUCAAUAAUUUGUUUAAUUGCCAGAGGAGGCUAUUUUGAGAAGUCACAUCUAAGAUUGUUUUAAGUAAAACUCAUCUCUUUGUUAUUGCAGGGAGAACUGGAAAUAGUUUUGUUAUUCAAUAAAUACUCAUAAAUUAACUGAA